AGUGGCUGAAACAUUCACGAACGGCACAGUCGGGCGGUCGCUAACGGAGUUCGCUUCAAAAUUUCAUUCUUUCGACGGCGUUCUCCGCUUCACGGGUUGGGGACAUCGGCAAUUAACGGUGUCUUUUGCUUGAAACGAUUUAUGCAAAUCAAUGAGAUAUCAAUAUCAAUUUGGCUCCAUAAAUAUUGCCCAUUUGGACCAUAAAAAAUUACCAUAAAACGGGCAACUGUGAGGUAAAAACUAUUUUCCACUAUUAGCUGGACAAAAGCCUGAACAAAUCUGCACACAAAAGAUGUGCUAACCAUGUGAAUAACGUUAUAAAUAAAAUAUAAUUCAAGCAACAUUUGAUAAACUCUGGCAUCCUACGGAAGCACCAACCACACAGCCAGAGGGAGAGAGCGAAAUAAUCCCCAAUUCCUACAUAAUAAAUCACAUAAAAAACAUGCUAUAAUGGAGCUGAUAAAAAAGUACAAACAGGGAAAGCUCGCAACUGGCGAUAUACGCAAUUUGAACCACACCGUGAUAUGCCUCAUGAUACUCGUUGCAAUAUUCUCCAUUAUAUGGAGCAUUUCGUUGCACAUGAUAUCGGGGGAUCUGUACGAGGGAAUUGUCAGUGCCAAACUCAUCUUUCGUGAGCGCAACUUUGAUCAAAUGGAUAAUCGCAGCAAGGAGAUUCUACAUCGGGAUUACAUCAAAGCCACCCAACAGGCCUACGGAGCUAAAUAUUCCGUCCAGGAUGUCGCACCCGAAUCGCUGCAGAGCGAGAGCCAAAGCACAAAGCCAACCUUCAAGAUACCACAUAUCUACGAGUCGAGAGAGAACCGCCCCAGAUUGGAGCGUCUCAUAGCUGACAAUAAGGAAGAGCAGGCCCAGACCACAACGCAGGCGCCAACGCCAAAGAUUGUCUUCAAUGCGGAGGCAGAUCGGCAGUUCUUGGCCAGCAUGGCCCUCGAUGCACAUGCCACAUUUUGGAAUGCCGGCAUUGGCGCACAAUUUGUCUAUGCAUUUCCUCUCAUAUCAGAGAUUGUGGCCAUCAUCUGGACAGCCAUGUGCCUGAUCUUUCAGACGGGCAGCAAAAAGAAUUCUGUCCUGCCCAAACCCUGGCGCAUUGUGGUGCCCUCCAUCAUCAUAUUCUCCGUAAUGAGCCUGGGAAGCGUUCUCUACACCAUCCUCACCAACGGACACCUGAAGCAGCUGUGCGGACAACUGCGCGAGAAUCUCACCGAUCCCAUUGCCAUCAGCUGCGGGGAUGCCAUCGCCCUGCUGCGGCCCAUUGUGCACGAGCACAAUGUCUCCCAUGACACUUAUCUGCAGCUCUUCCGUUGCAGCUAUGUGAUUGGCAUGGUGCUGUGGCUCAUGGCCCUGCUGGUGAUGGUGCUGCGGUUCAUCUUUGCCGUGGACUUUCAGCUGGUGGACAUCGAUGAGAUGUUCGAGCAGCGACCAAGCACCGAUUUUCAGACUCCCAUUCAGCCCGUCUACAGGGAGUUAGUGCAGCAGAGCAGUCCACAGCGUCAGCAACAGGCACAGCUGAGGCCCAGAUCCGAGGAGGACUAUCAGAGUGCCAGAUCGCACUUGAGCGAUGUGGCGCUGCCGCUGCUGGAUGGACAGCCACAAGUCUCGGUUCGUGCCACCAGUUUGGCCUAAAGAGUGGGAAAAGAAUUGGCAAUCUCAGGUUUAUAGUUAUUUUUAUAUCAAGAAAAUAAUUCUUCUAAUCAGAAUUUAGUCUAAGUUUUAGCAUUCUCCUCUAGUUGGAGGCUUUAGUGAAUAGUUUUCUGAUAUUUUCAAUGUCUUAUAGCUAAGCGAACUCGUGCCUCGAAGUCAGAAUCAAUUUGUAGUGUAGAAAAAUGUCGCUUAACUGAUGAGAAAUUGGGUUUGAUGGCUUUUGAUAUUGCGAAUAUUUCACAUACUUUUAGGCAUUAAAUUGCCAUUUUAAAGACCUUUAUUAUACUUCUAAUAAUUAUAUAAAUUCAACUCCAUAAAUCAGCAAGAGUUAAGCGACAUUCGCUAGUCGGUCGUUCGACUAGAAAACCUUUAAAACGAAGCUCUAAUCCAAGUGUUUUUUGUUUUAUUUCAAAUGCAAUAAUAUGUCUAAUUAUUUAUGCAAACAAAAUACAAGUAUACAUAAACGAAACAUCAAUCCA